UUGAGAACUUUUGACCCAAACUGUUUGUUGUGGAAAUGCAGAUAUUACCUGGCCUGCUUUCGGGGAUCGCUCUGAUUUGUUUCAUCGAAAAAUCUGGUAAGAUUGAUUGAAUUCAAAUCUAUUAAAACUAAGAUUUUGAAAUUAUAAAUAAGCUUUAAUGGUGCUAAAGGGUGUUUGAAUUCUUAAACCAGAAAGUAUUUUUUUCAAAAAAAGUUGCAUAAGAUCACUCUUAAAUGAUAAGACACUUAUUACCUAAUGGAGUAUUGGUAACUUGUGCUUACCCUAGGGCCCAAAAUCUGUAAAACUUUCUAUGAAAGACCGCUAACAUAAAUCAAACCGUCAUAUGCUGCGAUCGCUUUCUGAGGCGUCACAUAGUUGUUGUUUUUCUUACCAUGGUUACAAUUAGAUAUUUACCUGCAACAAUCAAUUAAGGAUUAAUCUCCCUUGAGCAUUUCCUGCAUCUAUGGGGCUAUCUAAUUUUUAAAAAUUCACUUAACCUUACCGGGGAUAAAUAUAUAUUAAGAGAGUUUUUUUAAUGUAAAAUAAAGUUUAUAUUUGAAAUUCUAUACAAAAACAAAAUGUAAUGGGGGCUUCUGAUUGUAAAAUUUUCUAAAUGCAAUUGAAUUUCUAGGCAAGCUUGCUUAUUGAAGAUGCCAUAAGUCUUCUUUAAUUUCAGCAAUGUAUGUGUUUUACGCACUGCCUUCUAUAGUGAGGAAUUAAUCUCUUAGCUUAAGUUGUUGGCUCGUUCUUAACAAUGCCUAACAAAGGACGAUACCAUAGAGAUAACAAAGGACGAUACCAUAGAGAUAACAAAGGACGAUACCAUAGAGAUAACAAAGGACGAUACCAUAGAGAUAACAAAGGACGAUACCAUAGAGAUAACAAAGGACGAUACCAUAGAGAUAACAAAGGACGAUACCAUAGAGAUAACAAAGGACGAUACCAUAGAGAUAACAAAGGACGAUACCAUAGAGAUAACAAAGGACGAUACCAUAGAGAUAACAAAGGACGAUACCAUAGAGAUAACAAAGGACGAUACCAUAGAGAUAACAAAGGACGAUACCAUAGAGAUAACAAAGGACGAUACCAUAGAGAUAACAAAGGACGAUACCAUAGAGAUAACAAAGGACGAUACCAUAGAGAAAUACAAUAUCAGAAAUACAACACUCAGAACAGUACCAAUUAAUAUUAAUAAGAUUAAUUUAAGUAUUGAUAAAAUCACAAAAUAAAAGAAAUAUAAUUACAAAUCAUCAACUUGAAGAGUAUGGGGAAGACUUGUACCGGCACACAGUUAGUACAAUGUGCCACAAAAAUAAGUCACAAUGAUGAUUGCGAACAAACACAUAUGAGUACACAAAGAAUAAUACACUUGUCUCGUAAAGUCAAAAAUCUAUUACUCCAUCUCUCUCCCGUCUUUCAGUUCCCCGGCCUUAUAUAUGUGGUUAUCGCCUGUUUCUAAGAAGAUUCGGGGGCAGAAUAUACAUUGUAGCCGCGACUCGAAUAUUCUCAAAAUUUCUGUAAUUUACUACAAUUCGGUACCCCAUUCGAGUCAAGAGGAAUAGGCCGUAGAUUGUUUUGUGGUAAACAAAGAUCAAAAGAAAUGGGCCACGCCCAAGACGAACACAGGGAAAUAUGACGUAAACACGUCCUACAUAACAAUGUGUAGCUGACAUUUUACAUUUGGAACAAUGUAAACCAAACCAAAAUAACACAAAUAUUAUUUUUUUCCACAGAAUGUAACGAUAUAUGGCGGUAUGACUCUGACCUAGUUUUCUUGGAUCCUAUUGAUUACAACCUGGGGAAGAAAAGUUGUAUCGACGGCUACGUCCAUGGCAUUGACCAUUUUAUUCUCACUGGUUUCAUCAACGUAACCGGGUACACGCUUCCGCAAAUACAUGCUCAUUUUGUCUUAAGGUACCUUAAUACUCGUCGCCCAUUUGCUCGCUUUUAUAAAGUAAGUAAAAUUUAAAGUUUUUUUUCCCCGUUGCUUCUGUCUCAAAAUGCAUGGUGGGCAUUUGUCGUUAGAGUGGCCAUGACAAUCAUGGCACUGGCUCUCUUUCUAUGUAACAUCAAAACCUCAGAACACGGCAUCGUUGGUAACAUGGAAAAUUGUAUUAGACGGCAAAAUGUGUAAGACGGAAUAGCGUGUAAGACGGAAAAGCGUAGUAGACGGAAAAGCAUGUAAGAUGGAAAAGCGUGUAAAAUGGCAAAGCGUGUAAGACGGUGAAGACUGUAAGACCUCAAAGCGUGAAAGAUGGAAAAGCAUGUAAGACGGAAUAGCAUGUAAGACGGCAAAGCGUGUAAGACGGAAAAGCGUUUGAGACGGAAAAGCGUUUCAGAUGGAAAAGCAUGUAAGACGGCAAAGCUUGUAUGACCUAAAAUCGUGUAAGAUGGAAAAACGUGUAGGAUGGAAAAGCGUGUCGGGCGGAAAAGCAUAUAAGUAGGAAAAGUGUGUAAGACGGCAAUGCGUGUAAGACGUCAAAGCGUCUAAGAUGGAAAAGCGUGUAAGACGACAAAGCAUGUAAGACAGAAAAAGUGUAGGAAGGAAAAGCAUCUAAGACGGCAAAGCUUGUAAGACCUCAAAGCGUCUAAGACGGAAAAGCUUGUAAUACGACAAAGCGUGAAAAUUUGUAUAAGCGUUUAAGAGGGAAAAGCAUGUGAUACGGAAAAGCGUUUAAGACAGCAAAGCGUAUAACAUGGAAAAACGUGUAAGAUGGAAUUUCGUAGUAGACGUCAAAGCGUGUAAGAUUGAAAAGAAGGAAAAGCGUGAGAGACGGCAGAGCUUGUAACACCUGAAAGCGUGCGAGAUGGAAAAGCGCACAAGACAGCAAUGGGUGUAAGAUGGAAAAGCGUGCAAGACGGCAGAGAGUGUAACACGGAAAAGCGUGUGAAAUGGUAAAGCGUGUAAGACAGCAAAAAGUGUAAACAGGAAAAGCGUGUAAGAUGGAAAAGAGUGUAAGACGAAAAGGCGUGUGAGACGACAAAGCGUGUGAGAGGGAAAACCGUUUAAGACGGAAAAGCUUGUGAGACGACAAAGCAUGGAAGAUGGAAAAGCAUGUAAGAUGGAAAAGCAUGUAAGAUGGAAAAGCAUAUAAGAUGGAAAAGCAUGUAAGAUGGAAAAGUGUGUGAGAUUGAAAAGCGUGUUAGACGAAAAAGCGUGUAAGACGGAAAAGCGUGUAAGACGGAAAGCUUGUAAGGCCUCAAAGCAUGUAAGAUGGAAAAGCGUGUAAGACUGCAAAGCUUGUAAGACCUCAAAGCGUGUGAGUCGGAAAACGAUUGAGAUGGAAAAUCGGGUAAGUGUGUAAGACGGCAAAGCGUGUAAGACGGCAAAGUGUGUAAGACGGCAAAGUGUGUAAGACGGAAAAGUGUGUAAGACGGCAAAGUGUGUGAGACGGAGUAGCAUGUUAAGAUGGAAAAGCUUGUGAGACGGCAAAGCGUUUGAAACGCAAAUUAAUACUGAAUAGACAAUGCAGGGAGCUCGAGCCACAGAUACAUGUAAUGUUUAUUCAGAAAAACAAGAAUCUUAUUACAUGAGACACACUGCUUCAUUGAAAACACUAACAUUUGAGUUGCCUUCAACGUACAAUGUCUAUAAUUUGAAUUGAAUAUAAAAUAGUUAUCAUAUCGGAUUCUUUUGACUAGAAAAUAUGGAUGUAUAGAAUUGGGUCAUGUACAAUAAUAAUUGAUCAAUAAUAUUGUAUAUUAAUUCUUUAAAUAUAUAAAGCUUGUAUCUCUGGACAAAUAGUUUUAGUACAACUUCCACGUUUUAAGGAGUGUAUCUAAAAAAAUUGAUAUUCAGAUGGGAAAUAUAAUUAUUUAGUUAUUCAAAUAAGAAAUGAACACUGUUAACCCUUAAAACGAAUUAUAAGACUCUUAGUUUGUUUUAAAAAAAUUAAAUUUUAGUGUAUGACAUAGCUAAAACAUCGUGCUGGCGACAGCCACGGUAGAAGGGCGCUAAACUAUUGGGCUGGCGAAAUGGGCGACAGCCACGGUAGAAGGGCGCCGAAAUAUUGGGCUGGCGAUAUGGGCGACAGUCAUGGUAGAAGGGCGCCGAAAUAUUGGGCUGGUGACAUGGGCAACAGUCAUGGUAGAAGGGCGCCAAAAAUUGGGCUGACGAUAUGGGUGACUGCCAUGGUAGAAGGGCGCCAAAAUAUUGGGCAGGCGACAUGGGCGACUUCCGUGGUAGAAGGACGCCUAAACUAUCACGUGUUUUCCAUUUUUUAAUUGAAUAUUAAUAUAGCGCUUGUAUCCAUGCUACUAUAACAUGCUCACGGCGCUCUGAUGUUCUUAAAUCUGUUGAAACAAAAAAGUCUUUAAAUGUUUCUUAAAAGAUGUUUUAUCGUUGGCAAUGUCCCUCAAGGAUUCGGGCAAACUGUUCCACAAUUUUGGUGCUAUCACUUCAAAAGAGCGCACUCCGUAAGACUUUUUUCUGUGUCCAUCCACACCUGGAACACUCAGUAAGGACUGCCUUGAAGGCCGUAGGCUCUUUAAGGAUGCGUGUUUAGAAAUCAAUUCUUUAAGGUAUUCCGUCGCUGAGGCAUCUAUACAGCUGUACGCUAUGGACAGAAUUGUGUAGUCAAUACGCUCACAGUACAGGAAGCCAAUGGAGAUCUCUAAGAACUGGUGUGAUGUGGUCAGAUAUCUUUAUUCGCGAUACAAUACGUGCUGCAGUAUUCUGUAACGUUUGGAGUCUGAAUUUGGUUUUGAGUUAAACCCCACAAACAACUGUUACAGUAAUCUAAUCUUGAUUAGAUGAGAGUUACUGCCACGGCAUUGGAUGUUCUCUUAUUGAGUUGAGGACGCAGCUGACCCAGGGCGCGCAGAUGACAGAAGCAUGCCCUGACGACAGAACUGAUACGGGGAAUCAUGCUAAUUUUACUGUCAAUAAAAAAAGUCAAGGUCUCUGACAGAGGAGGACAACGGGAUCUCAGAUUCACCAACUUUUAUUGAUGCCAAGGAAACCUUCCGAAAAUUGGCGUCCGAACCACAGAUAAUUGCCUCAGACUUAUCGUCAUUUAAUUUUAGUCUGUUUGAUGAUAUCCAUUCUUUCAGAGCAAUACAGAAGUCCUCGACAGUCUGAACAGCAGAAGCACACUCCAACGGAUCAGGGCGGAAACACUUGUAUAAUUCUGUGUCAUCCGCAAACAAUUUGCGGGAAAUAGCAUGAAUUUCAAUAAUUCUGCCAAGCUGGCUAGUGUACAUGGAGAACCAAAUAGGUCCUAAAACUGAGCCCUGUGGCACACCACAGGUAACGGAAGUGUCCAUGGAAGAUGCUUGCUUCACUACAAUACGCUAAGUCUUGUCAGUCAGAUUAAAAGAAAACCGGCGAAGUGUAGUUCCAGAUAUGCCUGCCUCAUUCAGAAGUCUUGACAGAAGAAGCUCAUGGUCAAUCACAUCAAAAGUAGCACUGAGAUCCAACAGGACCAAUAGAGUCAGGUCGCCGUGGUCAGCACUACAAAGAACAUCAUUCAUGACACGGAGCAGUACCAUCUCACAGUUGUGUCCAGGUCGAUAUGCAGAUUGAAACUUAUCAAGUAAGUCAGAAGUGCUAAAAUACUGCACAAGCUGUUGUGACACAAGUCUCUCAAGAAUAUUAGAUACAAAGGGCAAGUUGGAGACUGGGCGAAAAUUCUUGCGGUCAUUUGGGUCCAGACCACUUUUUUAAAGCAAAGGCUUAACGAUAGCUACCUUGAAGAGCAGUGGGACUGUAGCAGACUGAAGGCUUAACGAUAGCUGUCUUGAAGAGACGUGGGACUGUAGCACGCUGAAGGCUUAACGACCGCUGUCUUGAAGAGACGUGAGACUGUAGCAGACUGAAGGCCUAACGACCGCUGUAUUGAAGAGCAGUGGGACUGUAGCAGACUGAAGGCUUAACGAUCGCUGUCUUGAAGAGACGUGGGACUGUAGCAGACUGAAGGCUUAACGACCGCUACCUUGAAGAGACGUGGGACUGUAGCAGACUGAAGGCUUAACGAUAGCUGUCUUGAAGAGACGUGGACUGUAGCAGACUGAAGGCUUAACGACCGCUACCUUGAAGAGACGUGGGACUGUAGCAGACUGAAGGCUUAACGAUCGCUGUCUUGAAGAGACGGGGGACUGUAGCAGACUGAAGGCUUAACGAUCGCUGUCUUGAAGAGACGUGGGACUGUAGCAGACUGAAGGCUUAACGACCGCUGUCUUGAAGAGACGUGGGACUGUAGCAGACUGAAGGCUUAACGACCGCUGUCUUGAAGAGACGUGGGACUGUAGCAGACUGAAGGCUUAACGAUCGCUGUCUUGAAGAGACGUGGGACUGUAGAAGACUGAAGGCUUAACGACAGCUGUCUUGAAGAGACGUGGGACUGUAGCAGACUGAAGGCUUAACGACCGCUGUCUUGAAGAGACGUGGGACUGUAGCAGACUGAAGGCUUAACGACCGCUGUCUUGAAGAGACGUGGGACUGUAGCAGACUGAAGGCUUAACGAUCGCUGUCUUGAAGAGACGUGGGACUGUAGAAGACUGAAGGCUUAACGACAGCUGUCUUGAAGAGACGUGGGACUGUAGCAGACUGAAGGCUUAACGAUCGCUGUCUUGAAGAGACGUGGGACUGUAGCAGACUUAAGGCUUAACGACCGCUGUCUUGAAGAGACGUGAGACUGUAGCAGGCUGAAGGCUUAACGACCGCUGUUUUGAAGAGACUUGGGACUGUAGCAGACUGAAGGCUUAAAGAUCACUGCCUUGAAGAGAUGUUGGACGGUAGCAGACUGAAGGCCUAACGAUCGGUGUCUUGAAGAGACGUGGGACUGUAGCAUACUGAAGACUUAACGACCGCUGUCUUGAAGAGACGUGAGACUGUAGCAGACUGAAGGCUUAACGACCGCUGUCUUGAAGAGACGUGGGACUGUAGCAGACUGAAGACUUAACGAUCGCUGUCGAAGAGACGUGGGACUGUAGCAGACUGAAGGCUUAACGACCGCUGUCUUGAAGAGACGUGGGACUGUAGCAGACUGAAGGAUUAACGACCACUGUCUUGAAGAGACGUGGGACUGUAGCAGACUGAAGGCUUAACGAUCGCUGUCUUGAAGAGAUGUGGAACUGUAGCAUACUGAAGGCUUAACGACCGCUGUUUUGAAGAGACUUGGGACUGUAGCAGACUGAAGUCUUAAAGAUCGCUGUCUUGAAGAGAGUUGGGACUGUAGCAGACUUAAGGCUUAACGAUCGCUGUCUUGAAGAGACGUGGGACUGUAGCUUACUGAAGGCUUAACGACCGCUGUCUUAAAGAGACGUGGGACUGUAGCAGACUGAAGCCUUAACGACCGCUGUCUUAAAGAGACGUGGGACUGUAGCAGACUGAAGGCUUAACGAUCGCUGUCUUGAAGAGACGUAGGACUGUAGAAGACUGAUGGCUUAACGAGCACUGUCUUGAAGAGACGUGAGACUGUAGCAGACUGAAGGCUUAACGACCGCUGUCUUGAAGAGACAUGGGAUUGUAGCAGACUGAAGGCUACUAGUCACGAUGUUGACCAGUACAGGAAGCAAGACUUCCAGACGGUCGAAAACAAUCUCGGUGGGGAUGGGGUCAACAAUAGAAAAUGUAGGUUUCAAUACCAUGAUUAUUUGUCGUAACUGUUCAUUGGAAACUGAGGAAAAUUUCGCUAGAGGAUUCCCUUCAAAAACAUCCUCCACUGCAGACUAAUCACAACGUUCCCCAAAGCUCUUUCUGUUUUUUUUUUUUGGUUUUUUCAGUGAAAAAAUCGCUCAGUUUAACUGCAGCUUGCUCGUUCUCAUGUCAGGCAAAACAAGGGUUGAUGUAUUUUUCCCCGAGAAGUUCAUUCACCACAGAGAACAUCUUGCGAGAGUCAGUAACGAUAGUUUGUCCAGUUCACGACCAAUUCUUCUCCAACGCUUCUCCGCUAUACACGCCUAACAUGCUUUGCUCUCCGCACUGUGGGAGUUAACCAAGGGGAAUUAGAUCUGUCAAUAACACACUUACUUGACACUGGGGCAUAUUUUUUCCAACAGAGGAGUGAGAGUCCGGUUUUAGAGAAGGAUUAGUUGUUGAAUAUCUUGAGGUGGUGACUUCACUAACUUAGUCUCAGAAAGACAAUUCCGAAAAGAAUUCAUGUUCAUCUUCUUCAAGUUCCUCAAUUAAAUUCUCUCCCUCUGAGCAACAGUUCUAGCCAUAUGUGUUGUAAAUCAAACAAGGAAGUGAUCAGACAAUAGAAUAUUAUCCCCAUUCACAGACUGAACUAAUAACGCUUUGUUGGAUCUUGAAAGAACCCAGUCCAAGAUAUGACCAUCCCUAUGCGUUGGUUCCGAAACAUGCUGGACUAAAUCAGAUGAGUCAAACAACUGUGUAAGAAGACGACUAUUACUGCACUUUGGAUCGUCCCAGUGAAAGUUAAAAUCACCCAGGAUGAGUGGAUUUUUGUUGCUAAUGGUUGUUACAAGUCCUCAUGAAACGUGUUGACGUUGAGCUUAUUAGCAGCAGAAGCCGGCGGUCUGUACAGAGCGACAGUUCGUACCGUUUGUUUGCCGUGAGAGAUUACAAAGCUUAAACCCUCAAACGAAGCAAAAGUAAGCUGAUUACACAGUCUCACAGUAAUGGAGGAUCGAUGGAUGAUAGCCACCCCCACCUCUCUGACCAGAAGACAGAUGACGGUCGAAAAAGACGUAGUCGGCAGGGGUCAUUUCUUUAAUUGCUGGCUCAUCACCACCUUCAUGAAGCCCUAUCUCCUUGAUGAUAAUAAUGUCAAGCGAUUUCUCAGUGAUAAGAUCACUGAUGACCAAUGCUUUCUUUACAGAUGACUGCGCAUUAAUGAACCCAAUGGUAACUUUGCCAGUCUUUUGAUACACUUUCAUUGUGGGAGCUGAGGGACGAAAUCCCAUCUUUUUUCUAACCCCACGAAAACCUCUUUCUGUGUUUCUUUUUUUAUUAAACACAGUGUUCGAAAUCGAGCAAGAACUUCCAUUCUAAGGAGAUAGCUAUCAGGGGUAUGCAGCUGACGCAGUGUAGUAGAUGAGUGGUUAAGGGUUUUGCAUUUCUUUGAAGUUAAUUAGUCAGACUGUCAAAACAACUUGAAUCAGACAGACACUAUUGUGGCCCGACAAUUGCUACACAGCGUCGCAAAUAGUCCUGUCGAGGAUUACACACUGUUACCUCAGAGCUUCAGCACGGUGGUUUGUUAUGAGUGAGAAUUUCAACUACAAAACAUUGAAUCAACAAAGUUACGGAUGGAUCCAACAAGGAAAACAGAAUGUAAAAACAAUAAUUGCUUUUAGUGUGUAUUGUGAAUUUUUUCUGUGUAGACUGUACAUCUAGAAAACUGUCAAAAGUUGGUGCAACAGAUAAAAAUGCACGGUCAACAGUUAGUACAGAAUUGCCAAUACACCGAAUGCAGGUCAUCAUUCAACUCCUGGCAGUUCAUUCCAAUAAGAAGAUUACUCUAACAACUAAUUAGUAAUUUGUGCAAUCGAACAAACCGCAUUCUUUCAAAUAAUUAUAAAUAUACGCUACAGCUGUUUGAAAAAAUAGUAUUACUUAAACAUUUAAGUCUUAUAGUGUUACAGUUUAUUUAAUAUUUUAAUCUUUGCAUUUUCUUUAAGGAUUGGGGUCGUAUUUGGGGUUGCUGUUGAGAGUGCGCGAAAUUUUACAGAUGGCCUAGGGCGCUGGAAAGCAUGGUUUCGACCUUUGUGCAUGCAUUUCAGAAAUUGAACCUUUGUUUGUAAAUCAUUUUUCCUCCCUUGAUUUAGAUGUGGAAUACCUUCUUUAACUUGUGGGAUGAAAGAUGCACUGAUGUACAAGAAGUCCCAUUAGAUAAAUGCCAAUGUAAAUAUGAGUCGGCCAUCACCAUACGUGUCAAGUGUAAUUUGACGGCUUAUGACGUAUACUCGAACAAACCGUUUCAAUUGCAAUUUCAAACUCCUUCUUAUUUUUAUAUUUCUUCUAAUAAGUUCAUGACCAAGGUGUACAGUAAGUGAACAUAUUUCUAUUUUGUUUUGAAAGUGUUUUAAAACGCAUUUAUUAAUCUCGCUUAUUCAUAAAUACCUUUUGGUGUAUAUAAAUAACAGCAGAAAACCAAGUGCCUGGUCAGCACCCUAAUCUAGUACAGCGGUUCUGUAAAGUCCUAAAAUGUUCUCAUGAGCUCAUCUCUUAGCAAGAGGCACCCUUCUAUUGUCUAGGUCAGGUGUUUCAAACUCACUUGCUCGGCGGGCAAAAAGUCAAAUCACAUGUAAGGUUGCAGGUCAAACGAGAUAAAAAUUCAAUAAGUGGCAAAUGAACAUUAAAAAAAAAACUCUAUCUAUAAAUAAUUAAAAAUAUAAGAAAAAGAAAUAAUCAAAAAUCAAUGGCAUACCCAUUUUCGUUCUUAUGAUGCCAAUUUGUCAGAACUGGAUUUUCUUUGAUACAGAAACAAGUACGUUCGUUUAUAAAGGGAGUAACGUUCUGUGUCUUAGAGUAUCUCAUGAUGGAUUGCAAGUGUUCAUCAGUGAGACGGCUACUGUGUGAUGUUUUGUUAAUCCUCAUAACAGAAAACAGGUGCUCACACACAUGUGUGCUAGCCAACAUGUUGAAGUUUCGAGCCUCAUAUAGACGAAGUAGGGGCAUCUAUUCAGGAAUGAUCCUUUAGUGUCCCAUUACACUGCAGAUCUAUUAGCUCCAUCAGAAAAUUUACAGAUGCAACGCCGGCCUUUAGGGUGUGUGACCUGUGCCCUCGCACAUGGCGCUAAGGCCAUAGGGGCGCCUUGGGCGCCCAGUAAAUAUUUAAAUUCCUUAAGUUUAUUAUAAUGAAGUGUAAACCUAGGGUCUGGCGUCGAGAAACUGUAUUGUAACUUCUAUACACGUGAGUUUCAUAAAAUGAGAUUUCAUACAAUGCAAGUUGCAUUCUUAAUUAAGAUACUAACACUGGAGUUGUUACCAACCGAAAGGGUGUAGAAAUUUAGUUUAUUAAUACCAUAUUUCCUUGUCCCUCUUACAAUUUUUUCAGCAGAAAGAAUAUGGGGAGCAAAAAGCUUUCCAGUGCGAGAAAUCGCAAGCACAAAGCAAAAAAAAGUACGUCGUAAUCGGGAAAAGAGGGAGCCAUACAGGGACAGUGAAGAUUGCGCUGAAAGAGUGUUUUACACGGGGCGAAAGUUUACAUAAGGUCGGCGUUGACAGGUGCAGUUUCCACGUCUAUGACUAAUGGGUUACGAAACCGAUUGAAAUUACAUUUCUAUGCUUCAAAAUUGCUAAACCACCAUGCGAACUGGACGCGAAGUAAGCUAAGUUUUUCAGCAGAGUGUGCAUUGGUAAACGGCAUAGCUUUUACUUGUAUAUAAUUGUACGCCGGCCAAGACCUCACCUGAUAUAAUUUAACGGCGGGCCGGAUGUGGCCCGUGGGCCUUGAGUUUGACACAUGUGGUCUAGGUUAUGUAAAUAGAAUGGAGUAAGGUCACACUUUUACUUCAUUGGCAUUGUAAAAGGCUUUAAGGAAGGUCUUAACCUUACUAUACAGCGUUUGUAAAGAGAAUAAAGAAAGGUCUCGCGUUUACUGUAUAGGUGAUGUAAGAGAAUGGAUGAAGACCGUAUUACGCAGGAAAUGCCGUACGGAGAAUUGCCCUACGAGUCAAGACUUAUUGAACGGUCGAGCGGUGCUAUAAAGAAUCAUGCAAAAGAAACAUGUGGGGAAAACAGCAUUGAAAUGCACGAGUCGGAGAUGAUCAAUGAAUCCUUUUACGGUCUGUGAGUCUACGAGGAAGUCAAACAGGCAAAAGAUGCGCGAAAUAAAGGCUUUGCAAAAAAAAAUAUGAUAAUAACGUUAGACAAACCUUAAAAAUUAGCUUUUCGUAUAAAUCAUUUAUUAACAGUAGUAUUGAGUAAUAGAGGUUUAAAAUUUGUCAAAUCAUGCAUACAAGUAACGCACUUUUAGGAUUCCCAAUGUAUGCCCCGCUCAUCCACCCCCCAACCCCAAACCCUCAAGGCCCUCAACCCUUCACACAAUUAAUAUUCUAAUGACCCAACUGCUUUUACGAUACAGAUUAAUUUUACCAAGAAUGUUAGAAAACGAAAGAAAAUAAUACACACCAAACUCACUUGGGGUAUCUUUUUAAAGAGAUAUUUAGCAAAGUUAUCGGGAAUCAUAUUUUACCUACUCGUUGAAAAGUAGCAGAAACUGAUAUUUGGGUGUUGGGGUUAGAAGUUCACCGCUGAAAUUUUAAACAAUUUGUUUCCAUCUGCAAUGAGUUUGUGGGCUAAGUUUCAGCCCAAUAGCUUGACGGGAUUUUGGUCAAUUAGCCAGGCAGUCAGCAAGCCAGCCACCCACAAAACGGGGGUAAAAAAGUCAAGUUUCUCCUGCAGGACGUGCAGCCCAGAUGAUCAUUCUAGGAUCAGCUUCAUUGGCCAUUCUAGGAUCAGCUUCAUUGGCCAGUCAAGGAGCAGGAGCAGCUUCAGUGGCCAGUUUAAGACCAGCUCCAAUGGUCAUUCUAGGACCAGCUUAAUUGGCCAGUCUAGGACCAGCUUCAUUGGUCAUCUAGGACAACUCCAUUGGCCAUUCUAGGACAAGCUUCAUUGGCCAUUCUAGGACCAGCGCCUUUGUGUAGUCUAGGACCAGCUUCAUUGGUCAGUCUAGGGCCAGCUCCAUUGGCCAUUCUAGGACCAGCUUCACUAGCCAUCUAGGAGCUGCUUCAUUGGCCAAUUUAGGACUUGCUUCAUCGGCCACUCUAGGACCAGCUUCAAAUACCAUUCUAGGGCCAGCUUCAUUGGCCAAUUUAGGAGCAGCGUCAUUCGCCAAUUGAGGACCAGCUUCAUUGGCCAUUCUAGGACAAUCCUCUUUGGCCAGUCUAGGGCCAGCUGCAAUGACCAUUCUAUGAUCUGCUUAAUUGGCCAGUCUAGGGCAAGCUUUUAACGCUAUGUUAGGACCUGCUUCAAUGGUUAUUCUAGGAUAAUAUUCCUUUUUUCCAUUCUAAGACCAUCUUCUUUGGCUAGUCUAGGACCAGCCUCAUUGGUCAUUCCAAGUCCAGCUUUAUUUGUCAGUCUCGGGCCAGUUUCAUUGGCCAUUCUAGGACCAGCUUCCUUGGCAAUUCUAGAUCAGCUUCAUUGGCAAGUCUAGGAGCAGCUUCAUUGGCCAAUUUAGGACAUGCUUCAUUUGAAAGUCUAUGACCAGCUUCAUAGGCCCUUUUAGGGUCAGCUUCAUUGGCCACUCUAGGAACAGCUUCUUUGGCUAGUCUAGGACCAGCUUCAUUUGUUAUUCCAAGACCAGCUUCAUUGGCCAGUCUAGGACCAGCUUCAUUGGCCGUCUAGGACCACCUUCAUUAGCCAUUCUAGGACCAGGUUCAUUGACAAUGCUAGAAUCAUCUUCCUUGGCCAUUCGAGGGCCAAUUUUAUUGGCUAGUCUAGGACCAGCUUCAUUGGUCAUUCAUGACCAUUUUUAUUGGCCAGUGUUGCACCAGCUUCAUUGGACAUUCUAGGAUCAGUUUCCUUGGCCAGGCAAGGACAAGCUUCAUUUGCCAGUCUAGGAAUAGAUUCAUUGGUCAUUCUAGGACCAGCUUUUGUGGAAAUUCUUAUACCAGCUUUAUUAGCCAUCUAGGACCAGCUUCAUUGGCUAUUAAAUGAUUUUAAUAGCUAUCCUAAUUUGGCAGCAUGUCAAAUUUUUAAAACAGAACAAAUUUUAGAUAACAUCCAUAAUUUAUAUUGAUUGAAAUGAUAGUUUUCAUAUUUGCAUAAAAUGGGUGUCAUCUUAUAUGUUAGCCUUAUUUGAAUUCGCCCUAAGAGCGUUGAAGAUUUAAUAAGCAAUCACUUAUUAAGAAUCGUAUAACAAUCCCUCGUGUUAAUGGGUAUUCUCUAAAACUUAAAGUGUAAUCACUGGGGCGCUUAAUGAAAACAUAAUCAGCCAGCCCUGGUAGUUUAUCAAAUAGUUCGUAGGUAAGCACGAAUGUAAUUCAAAGUGCUGAUUUCAAUUAUGCGUCAAAGAAUUUAACAAAAGACAUUUAAACCAGUGAGCAGAGCUGCCCCUGGACGGUAAUGGAGAAUAUCGACUGCUCGAGUAGAUUUAUUAAAAUAGUUCGUCAAAGCAUGAGGAUCCAAUGAGUAGACAAAUGGAUUUGGGGGGUGGGGCUGUGGCUUUUCAGGUAAUUAAUUGCGUUAAAUAAGGCUAAUUCCUAGCCCCCCCCCCCCCAACUUGGUUUUAUCAGCCAUGCAUUCCGUUCCCAGACAGUGAUAACGGGAUUCCCAUAAGUUACUGUACUCGUCGAGGACUAUUCAGUCUUCGAAUAUUGAAAGCUAUUUCAAAAGUCAAAUGAACGUUUAUUAUUAUCAUUAGGUGAUUGUUUAUACAACGCAGUGCCCCAGCUUAAGGCUAGGCUCACGGCGCUUCAAACAAAAAUUAGCAAUUACACAAACGUAUACAUUUAAAAAGAACAAGCGGUAAAAAGCUUGAGCUCACCCGUCCACGUACUAUCUACCUCUAGCCGUGGAUAGCACCCAGCGGCAUCGAGAUUUGUUUAUCAGUUAGAGGGGGUGAGAAUGAGUCGGUGUAGUACAGUUAAAAGAGAUGGCUUUUAAGGGCACAUAGAAAAAGUUCACUAAAAUUGGAAGGGAGGAAACCAGAGAAGAAGUUGCGACAGAGAACAGACAGCUUGUAAUCAAUGCGUGCCUGUAUUGGGAGCCAAUGAAAUGAGUGAAGUAGUGGAGUGAUGUGAUCACGUCUCUUUGCCUUUAGAACUAAACGAGCAGCUGAGUUUUGUACUUCCUGCAGUUUUUCUAUGAAAUGUUUUGGUGAGCCUGACAGAAGAGAGUUACAGUAGUCAAGAUGAGAGAAAACAAAAGCGCGGACUAGUGAUUUUCUUGCGCUGGCUGUGUGUGAUGUAGUGGCGGUUGGAGCUGAUGUGACGGAUAGAUGUGUACGCAGAGCGACAGAUGGGAGAAAUUAGUUGCUUCUUACCAGCUGAUCCUUACGACCUAAAUGGAAAAUCAGAAGAGAAAACUCGCAAAAUACUUCAAUUAUUUUCUAUAGCUAACGUCGGCAACGAUUACAACCUCACCAUCCAUAUAACAAAACAGACAUAAUACACAGGAACUUCCAGAACAACCUUAAAAUGAACCGAACGGAUGUGAGGAGAAAAAAACUUCAAUAAUUGAAAAAAUCACAUAUUUAAGUACAACACUCUCACAACGAAUACUAUUAGAUGAUGAGAUAAACAACAUAAUCUCUACGUCAAAUGUUGGAUGUGGAAUACUUCAAAGGAAUGUCUGGGAGGAAGAGGACUCAUCAUUUUCACUAAGCUGAAAGUAUGUAACGAAAUCGUUUGGGCAACACUCCUUAACGCCUGUGAGACAUGUACAGAGUAAAACAGACAUCCUCGAUAACCUGGCUAUUUCCAAGUACGCUGAGUAAGCAAACGUCUUGAUAACUUGAUCAUUUCCAAGUACGCUGAGUAAGCAAACGUCUUGAUAACUUGACCAUUUCCAAGUACGCUGAGUAAGCAAACGUCUUGAUAACUUGACCAUUUCCAAGUACGCUAAGUAAGCAAACGUCUUGACGUGCAGUUGUCUGACAAAAUCCUUGUAACUACAGUCCUAAAAGGCUGGCCUUAGCAGCAUCCAUAUGGUCUUACAUCAAGGACCGAUCCUUUAACUUUAUCAAUUCUAGACUUGAUUGUCCUCGUUUUAAAAAGAGUUUAAAAAAUAUGUCUAUAUUAUUUUUAGGUAGCACUUCUUGCAGAACGGGAGCCUCAACAAACGGAGGUAACUACACUUAUUUAAAGUAAACCACGUCAGAUCUUUAUUAUUGUCACCUUUUAUUAUUCCAAAACUUUUAUUUAAAUUAAACUGAUCUUUACAAUCCACCCGCCCCCCCCCCCACCUUCCUAAAAUUUCUUUAGUGGCUCCCAUUACUUGAGGAUACAUUCAUCAUUGACUGACGGAUUUUAAGAGUGUAAAAACCUUUUGUUUGAUUUAUUUACAGGCAUGAGUCCACAUGGCAGAAACAAAGGAACCCCUGGUAGGUAUUUUAUACUAUGUUGAUAUGGCCAGUGGGGUUAAGAGUCUCUUACUAAGAGAUAUAACAUCUAGAUUUGUUCAUUUUAUAAAAUUGCUAUAAGAUACAUAUGCAUUUUUUUUUUUUACAUUCUAAAUUUGAUUGUAAGUUGUAGUUUUGUUUAAUGGUGGGGAGGGCUGGGUGGUUUCCCUAUUGUUAAGACAUAAGAUCUGAAUGACAUGUCAUCGUUGAAAAUAAAUUUUUGCAGGGGAUAUUGGAUUUCACGAAAUGGUUUCGUCGAGAAAUGUGGUGCUAGAACGAGUAGCUUUAGGCUAGAGACUGGGAACUCGAUCCCAAACAUAAUGUGCACAAGAGAUUUAUUUGAUACACGUCAUAGCAUGCGUCAUUAUGGUUUAAGUAAAAAAAACAAACUUACACUAUAUUUAAAACACAGAUUGUCCUGAGCGCGCUCAACGAGUCAAAGGUCACAGAUAUGUUACAGUUGUCAUCAGGGGCGGAGACUUGGCAACAUAAGGGAUCUGUGUUACUGUUCAUUCUUUGUAAAUUCCUUUGUAUAAUAAAUGCAUAUUUCUUUUGCUAUGGGGAGAUCUUGGUUGCUUUUCAUAAAUAUCUAUAUAUUUUGCGAAGGGAGAACUUGGUUGCUUUUCAUAAAUACAUUUUUAUUUAGGUAAGAGGGAACUUCGUUGGGGUUCCUGACUUUUUUUUCCAGGAAGUCCCCUACUUCUAAUGUGAUAGAUUUUAAGCCACCUUUCCAGCUCCUCCACUCCCAUCAUAAUUAAUAUGCUAAUAAAUAUAUCCUUUUAUUGUCUUAACAGGUCACAUCUUUCUCGUCAUGGCUUUGGUCUGCUCUGCUGCAUCAAUGGUUUCGAAUGGCCAAUGAACUCACCGAUGGUACUAUCCUUUUAUUGUCUUAACAGGUCACAUCUUUCUCGUCAUGGCUUUGGUCUGCUCUGCUGUAUCAAUGGUUUCAAAUGGCCAAUGAACUCACCGAUGGUACUAUCCUUUUAUUGUCUUAACAGGUCACAUCUUUCUCGUCAUGGCUUUGGUCUGCUCUGCUGGAUCAAUGGUUUCAAAUGGCCAAUGAACUCACCGAUGGUACAGCUGGGUGCUAGGGGGCGGUUUGGAUCAACGGAAAUAUGUGAUCUCUUCAUAACGUGCAGUUCAUUAGAUUGGGCAAUAAAAAACAUUUUAAAUAACAAUUUAAAUAAAAUAAUAAAUUGGGAAGCCACCAUCAUAAAAUAUGUCAAGUAUAACAUGUAUAACAACACGGAACUGCAACAAAGGUGGGAAUUAAAGAUGAC